AUGAGUAACACUAGUUUGUUGUUCCAGUGUCUGCUUGGAAUACGCUGUAACGAUUUCACGAUGAUCGCCGCUGAUCAGACGAACACACAGGGCGUUCUGAUCAUGAAAGAUGAUGACGAUCGUUUGUUGGAGCUUGCUGACAAGAUAGUGUUGGGUGUGAACGGCACGACUGGAGACAUGGUCCAGUUCACCCAGUUCAUAGCAAAGAACUUGAGGUUAUACGAAAUGAGGAACAAAUACGGUCUGGACUCGCGAGCGGUCGUACACUUUACGAGAAAGAUUAUGGCUGACGGAUUGAGGGAUGGCAAUCCAUGUCUACUGAACGUCCUAAUGGCUGGUUAUGAUGAUGAGCUCGGAAGCCAGCUCUACUCCAUGGAUUUCCUCGCGUCUUGUGUCAGUGUACCCUUUGCUGUUCAUGGUCUUGGCGGCUUUCUGUCUCUGAGUAUCAUCGACAAUUACUACAAACCAACCUUAACAGAAAUAGAGGCAUACGAUGUGAUCAAGAUGUGCGUCUCCGAGAUCCAAAGUAGACUUUUUCUUAAUCUGUCAAACUUCGGAGUCAAGUCCGUUACCAAAUGGGGUGUCAAAACACUUCCCACCAUCAACCCGAGCACAUUUACAUCGAAAUAA